AGUUUUUCAGUAAAUAUUUUAGAACAUACGUGUACCAAUUGAAAUUAUUAAAAUGUUCAAAAUUUGGUUUCUGUGCAGGACAAGUUCAUUUUUCGAACCGAUAACGAUACUAUCGAAAGGCAAUCGGAGUUUGUACCAUCACGGGCGGAUGUCCUGGUGGGGCUGGAAAAGCUGGCGUUGCGAGGAAAAUUCAGUCUUCAGCGCGUGUCCAUCGAAUCGGCAGUGAAAAUGUGCCAGCGGCGGUUCUUCAGCAGCAAGUACACCAGUUUCCACAAGAAUCACAUCAAGUUGUUUGCCGUUUACAUGAAAACGGCGAAUUUGAUGCAAAACUUCAAUGUGCUGAAGCGUUCGCUGUAAGCGC